ACGGUUGGGUGUUGGUUCUCUUAGUCCGCAUCAUGAUUAUCUAAUUCUAGGGGUGAUUCUGGAUCGACACGCUAUCUCCUUUUUAUGGAUCUUGUUAGAAGGGGAAGAAGAAGUGAAUGGUGGAGGUGAAGGUGAAGGUGAAGGCAAAGAUAGCGAAGAUGGAUGGAUGAUGAGGGGUCACGUGUGGGGAAGGGGAUUCACCAAAGACAGAGGCAUCUUAGAGUGAAACUUCGAUUCUACGUGUUGAUACUUGUUAAAUCUACGACGCAGAAAUCAAUCAUCAUCAUCAUUAUUGUUAUCAACCAGGCUAUCUGGCCGGCAGACCUUCCGAUUCUGAGUCGAGCACCUUCAUUGAAUAGUCACUCAUACAGUGGCUCUCCUUUUUAAAAUUUCAAGUCAUAUGUCCUGCGUUCUACAUUCUGCGAUUUGGAA